AUGGAGUAUGAUCAUACAUCAGAUUUACAUCAGGAUUUUUUAAAUUUACUUGAAAAUUCUGAGGAUUUUAAUGUGAAGUUUGAAAUUGGAAAAGAGCCCAACAUUAAGGAAUUUGAAGCACAUUCUCUUAUAUUAUCUACUAGGUCAACUUAUUUUCAGAAAAUAUUUUCAAAAUAUUGGAAUUGGAAUGAAGAAAAAGAGGUUCCCGUUUUCAAAAAGCCAAACAUUUCCCCUUUGACAUUCGAAAUCCUUUUAAAGUAUAUUUAUACAGGAACACUUUCUGUGGAUGAUGAAGCUAGUUUUGCUGAUAUUAUCGUUGCAGCGGACGAAUUUGAAUUACAAACCCUUGUUCAACAACUUGAAAAGCAUUUAAUUCAAAAUGAAUCAGCAUGGCAACUUCCAAAAGAUUUUAUCAAGAUUUGUCAACACAAACAAUUUCCUAAUUUAGGUAAAUAUGCAUUAGACUUGGCAUGUAGAAAUCCAAAGCUCAUUUUUGAAUCAAAAAAUUUCUUACAAAUGGAGCAAGACAUUCUCAUUCAACUCUUAAAAUGCGAUGAUCUUGAACUCAAAGAAUUUGAAAUAUGGGAACAUUUAAUUAGAUGGGGAAUUGCGAAUACCAAUUCUACUACUAUAGAUGAUGAUUUGACAAAAUGGACACCGAUGGAUUUCAAUAAUCUAGAAAAUAUUCUCCAUAAUUGUAUCCCUCACAUUCGUUUCUUCCAUAUGUCCCCAAAUGAUUACGCAAAAGUCAGAGGUCAAUUUAAGAGUAUUCUCCCAAGUGGAUUGGACGCUGAAGUUAUUCAAUAUUUCCUGAAUCUUAACGCUAAUCCUUCAUUCAAUGUUUUGAAACCAAGGGUAUCAGAUUAUCCAUUUGAUUCCAAGAUCGUUAAUGCCAAGGACGCGGCUUUAAUAUCGACAAAACCUAUAUUAAGCAAAGCUUCUUCUAAAGAUGGAGCUAUCAUGUGGAGUAAAAGGAAAGGACCGUGCUUUUCAAAAGAUUUAUGCAUUUAUGAUGGUUCUUCGUCAGAAUCUUCAUAUAACAACCUUUUUGAUUUCUCAGAGUUACUUGAUAACCCAAAUGAUUAUGAUGUUAAGUUCAAAGUUGGUAAAAUGCCAAACGUUAAAGAAUUCGAAGCGCAUUCUAUUAUCCUACGUGCUAGAUCAAACAAUUUUCUUAAGGCAUUGUCAAACCAUUCUACAAAGCGUAAAGAUAUUAUUAUUUUCAGAAAACCUAAUAUCUCACCUUUGGUAUUUGAAAUUCUUUUAAGGUAUAUUUACACAGGGGUACUUUCCAUAAAGAACGAUAGUAUUAACCUUGUUGAUAUUAUUAUCGCAGCGGAAGACUUGGGAUUACUAAGAGUUUGUCAACAACUUGAACCAUUUUUACUUUUAAAUGAAACGGCUUGGAAUUCUCCAAAAGAUUUUCUUAAAAUCUGCAAACACAAUGGAUUUCCCGAUUUGGUUAAAUAUUCUUUAGAAUCGAUAUGUAAAGAUCCACAAAUCAUUUUUGAAUCAAGAGAAUUUUUACGAAUGGAAGAGUCCACCCUCAUACAGCUUUUAAAAUGUGAUGACCUUAAAUUAGAAGAGGUUGAAAUUUGGAAAUAUUUAGUUAAAUGGGGAAUUGCGAAUAUCGAUCCGAUAUUAAAUAAAAAUUUGAAAGGAUGGAGUUCUAUGGACUUUAUUAACUUGGAAAAAACGUUACGUAAUUGUAUCCCUCAUAUCCGUUUCUAUCAAAUGUUACCUGAUGAUUACAUGAGAAUCAAAGCUCAAUUUAAAAAUAUAAUUCCUAAUAGUCUAGAUAAUGAGAUCAUUCAAUAUUUCUUAAAUCCAAACUCCAGUCAAUCGUUCAAAGGUUUACCAUUAAGAACGUCAAGCUAUUCUUUUGAUUCCAACAUUAUUCAUACCAAGGAUGCAGCCUUGAUAGCAAGUUGGGUUGAUGGUAAACAAGAGAACCCUUAUCCUAUCCUUUGCGGUAUAAGCAGAGGUCCUUGCUUUGGUUUGAAAGAUUUAUGCAUUAGUAACGUGCCUUCACGGGAAGGAACUUCUCAUGGUAGUAUUGUUGAUUUGCUUGAAAAUCCAAACGGUUUUAAUGUCAAGGUUAAAGUUGGUGAUGUACCAAAUGUUAAAGAAUUCAGAGCACAUUCUAUCAUUUUAUGUGCCAGGACAAAUAACUUUUAUAAAGCAUUCUCGGCCCAUUCGGCAAGGUAUGAGGACGGAGUUAUCACUUUCAUGAAACCUAGUAUUUCACCCUUAGUAUUUGAAAUUAUAUUAAAAUAUAUUUAUACAGGAUUACUCACUGUGGAUAACAAUACUAGUCUAGUUGAUAUUAUUAUCGCGGCAGAUGACUUUGGAUUGCCAAAACUAUUUCAACAACUUGAAACUCAUUUACUUCAUAGUGCAUCAGCUUGGAACUUUCCAAAAGACCUUCUUACAAUUCGUCAACACGAUCGAUUUCCUAAUUUAAGUGAAUUUGCCCUCAAAUCGGGUCCAACGGUUAUUGUCAUUAAAGUUCGAAACUCAGGAGAGUGUAUUGGCGGAUAUAAUCCAUUAGAAUGGUUUAGCGUUGAUACAGAUGAUGAGAGAAGUCAUCUAUUAUCACCUAGUUUUUCUUUGUAUAGUACAACAAAUAGUUUUAUAUUUUCAUUAACUAAUAGAGCGAUUCCUAUAUUGAGCCGAGUUUCUUCUGAACAUGAAGCUAUCUUUUGCAGUAAUAGUAAAGGACCGUGCUUUGGUUUGAAAGAUUUAUGUGUUACCCAUUCCCAUAAGGAUAUUGUCGGUACGAGUAGGCAAUAUUCUUAUGAAAAGAAAAUUAUUAAUAGCGAAACUUUUGAAAUAGAGGAAUACGAAGUAUUUCAAAUUUUUGAUAAGAGAUCCAAUUCAUGA